GCUGGAGCAGUUUGUGAACGAGGAGUAGGCCAAAAUACCCGUCGACAGGAGCAGAACUCUCAUUGAGAGUUAGAAAAUCGCUUGAUUUCAGUGAUUGACUCAGAAGGUUGUGCAACAAAAUAUUAACUAAAGGCACCCUCCCAUGAAUUCCACUUCAUCUACGGCUGCCUUGAGUCCGGCGAUGUGCGAGUGGAUGCCCAUUUUGAUGACAACGUGGCGAUGUACGCCGAUUUUAACAAGGAGGAGGCAGUGUUCGUGAUCCCUCACAUGCCUCAGUCCGUGAAAUACUUUGAGAAAAUGGCUUAUGAAUACGCCAAAUCUAGCAUCGCUCACUGUCACAGUGUUUUAGGUCAAGCUAGAAUAGCAGAUCCUGGUGCUCCCUUACAGCAAGGUAGAGUUUUAAAAUGUGUUAUUGGUUAAAUGCAAUGAAUUACAUAUGUUUUGUUUAAUGAAUCAAAUAGGUUAACCACCUACUGCAUUUAAAAUAUAUAUAUUUAAAAUAAAGAAGUAGCAGCCAAAAUGAAAACCAAUAAGAAAAUUCAGGUAGUAAGCCUACCUAUUAUAUAUUAAAUUGAUCUUUAUUGUAAUUGCCAUUGUUAUCCUGUUAGUAUUCCCCAUUUUUUUUUAACAUAACAGUAAUCUGAUUACGUCUCUUUAAUGUCACUGUAAGGGAAUACUUUUUUGUAUCCUGAUAACAUAAUGGCGUUAUCCUAUAACUAAUUCCUGUGAUCAUUUGGGGAAUCAAAAGAAGUCCUCUUUCACUUCUUCACUUCAUUGACCAGAUGAGCUCCAAACCUCUCAUCUACACACGGUACGAGGAGGAGGCUGGUGUGGGGAACUCUCUCUUCUGUUUGGCCAAUCACUUCUACCCCCCGUCCAUCAACUUCACCUGGACUAAGAACGGGGUGGAGCUGAUGGAGCGGGUAUCGAACCUGCGGUACCGUCACAAUAGUGACGGGACGUUCCACAGGAUUUCAACGCUGAGUUUCACUCCUGGAGACGAAGACGUUUACUCUUGUUCGGUGCAGCACCAGGCCUCACCCCAGCCUCUCUCCACGAGCUGGGAGCUGAAGGAGAGUCAGUACAGCGUGUGUCCUGCUGCUGGAUUCUUUGGAGCCAGUCUGGUUUUGUGCCUGAUGGGAAUCGGGUCCGGGGCUUUCUUUUUCACCAAGCAGCCAAAUUAAAGCCUUUACUUUUGAGAUUUCACUCAGAGCAGCUCAAGCAGCAUUAAACUAACCACUUUUUUUUAUGUUUUAUUUGACCAUUUGUUUGUUCUACUAUGUAUUUACCAUGAAUGAAUGAUAGUUACUGUAAACGUUACAGAGAUUAUUUUUCUUUUAUGAUCUUAAGGUGAGACCACGUUUUGUUGUCAAAUUUGAAUCUAAA